AUCCAGCACAGAAGUGACAUCCGGUGGAACAGGAGGCUGGGAGCUGGGGCCUGCCAACUCCUAAAAGUGUUAUUUGUUAGGGUGACAGAAUACACCAGCCCCUCAGACCUUCUGGGACCCCUUUCAGGCAAACAGCUGCUGGGCCAGUCAUAGGGGGAAGGGCUGAGGCUGGGGCUAGAACUGGGGUUAGUGCGGGGGGCAGGUGGUCCCGCCUGCUCUAAACUUAGCCUGGAGGUGCCAGUCUGGGCUCUUGUCUUCCAGCUGUGUCAUCAGAGAAUAUUUUUGGGAUUGGCAGCUGCAGGCGCCUCUGCCACUCAGGCCCUAGCCUGGCGGGAGGUUGGGGACCUGGCGGCUGGAGGUGGGAAGGAGGAGGGGAAAGAGGCCCAGGCUGUGGGAGGGGGCUGGGAAGAGAGGCUCUCUGGAGCAGGAAGCCAGGCCGCGGGCAGAGGAGGCCGCGGGGCCCCUCGCUGUAAAGGCAAACAGGAAGGACUGCCCCCUGAGCUCUGGGCUCGGGGCCCAGGCAUCGCCGCCGCCGCAGAGCUGCAGCUCUGGGCCGACGGUAAGGAGGCGACCCGGGAGCGGGCAGCCAGAGGGAGAGCCCCACGGAUCCCCACGCCGGGUGCCCGGACGCGCCCCGCCUCCCGGGCUCCAGGCCUCCGCGCGUCCGCCGCACGCCCUUCCCCCGCGCGGCUGCGGGUCGUCUGCGGCCGCCGCGAUGAAGGCGGGAUCGGGAGAUCAGGGGAGCCCCCCGUGCUUCCUGCGCUUCCCGCGCCCCGUGCGGGUGGUAAGUGGCGCUGAAGCUGAGCUCAAGUGCGUGGUCCUGGGGGAACCUCCGCCCAUUGUCCUGUGGGAGAAGGGCGGGCAGCAGCUGGCGGCCUCGGAGCGCCUGAGCUUCCCGGCCGACGGCGCCGAGCACUGCCUGCUGCUGAGCGGCGCGCUGCCCACCGACGCGGGGGUCUACGUGUGCCGCGCCCGCAACGCGGCCGGGGAGGCCUACGCGGCGGCCGCCGUCACCGUGCUGGAGCCGCCGGCCGCCGAGCCGGAGCCCCAGCCCGCCGAGCGCCCGCUGCCGCCGCCCGGGACCGGGGAGGGCGCCCCGGUGUUCCUGACGGGGCCCCGGUCGCAGUGGGUGCUGCGGGGAGCGGAGGUGAUGCUGACGUGCCAGGUGGGGGGCCUCCCCGUGCCCACGCUGUACUGGGAGAAGGACGGGAUGGCCCUGGACGAGGUGUGGGACAGCGGCCACUUCGCGCUGGAGCCGGGCCGCGCCGAGGGCGGCCGGGGCGCGAGCCUAGCCCUGCGCAUCCUGGCGGCGCGGCUGCCCGACUCGGGCGUCUUCGUGUGCCACGCCCGCAACGCGCACGGCCACGCGCAGGCGGGCGCGCUGCUCCAGGUGCACCAGCCUCCCGAGAGCCCGCCCCAGGACCCCGACGAGGCCCCCACGCCGGUGGUGGACCCGGUCAAGGGCGCGCCCAAGACCUUCUGGGUGAACGAGGGCAAGCACGCCAAGUUCCGCUGCUACGUGAUGGGCAAGCCCGAGCCUGAGAUCGAAUGGCACUGGGAGGGCCGCCCUCUGCUCCCCGACCGCCGCCGCCUCAUGUACCGCGACCGCGACGGCGGCUUCGUGCUCAAGGUGCUCUACUGCCAGGCCAAGGACCGCGGUCUCUAUGUGUGCGCCGCGCGCAACUCGGCGGGCCAGACGCUCAGCGCCGUGCAGCUGCACGUCAAAGAGCCCCGCCUUCGCUUCUCAAGGCCUCUGCAGGACGUGGAGGGCCGGGAGCAUGGGAUUGCCGUGCUAGAGUGCAAAGUCCCCAACUCCCGCAUUCCCACGGCCUGGUUCCGUGAGGACCAACGGCUGCUGCCCUGCCGCAAGUAUGAGCAGAUUGAGGAGGGCACCGUCAGGCGCCUCAUUAUCCACAGGCUGAAAGCAGAUGAUGAUGGCGUCUACCUGUGCGAAAUGCGUGGCCGAGUGCGCACUGUGGCCAACGUAACAGUCAAAGGGCCCAUCCUGAAGCGGCUGCCCCGGAAGCUGGACGUCCUGGAGGGCGAGAAUGCGGUGCUGUUGGUGGAGACGCGAGAAGCUGGGGUCGAGGGGCGCUGGAGCCGGGAUGGGGAGGACCUGCCAACCACCUGCCAGAGCAGCUCUGGCCACAUGCAUGCCCUAGUCCUUCCGGGGGUCACCCGAGAAGAUGCUGGCGAGGUCACCUUCAGCCUGGGCAACUCCCGCACCACCACUCUUCUCAGAGUCAAAUGCGUGAAGCACAAUCCCCCGGGACCACCAGUGUUGGCAGAGAUGUUCAAGGGCCACAAGAACACGGUCCUGCUGACCUGGAAGCCUCCCGAGCCAGCUCCUGAGACCCCCUUCAUCUACCGGCUGGAGCGGCAGGAGGUGGGCUCGGAAGACUGGAUCCAGUGCUUUAGCAUUGAGAAGGCUGGAGCCGUGGAGGUGCCGGGAGACUGUGUGCCCUCCGAGGGCGACUACCGCUUCCGAGUCUGCACGGUCAGCGAACACGGCCGCAGUCCCCACGUUGUGUUCCAUGGGUCUGCUCACCUCGUGCCCACAGCUCGCCUGGUAACAGGUCUGGAGGAUGUGCAAGUAUACGAUGGGGAAGAUGCUGUCUUCUCCCUUGACCUCUCCACCAUCAUCCAGGGUACCUGGUUCCUUAACGGAGAAGAGCUCAAGGGUACUGAGCCGGAGGGCCAGGUAGAGCCUGGGGCCCUGCGGUACCGUGUGGAGCACAAGGGCCUGCAGCACAGACUCAUCCUGCAAGCCGUCAAGCACCAGGACAGCGGGGCCCUGGUCGGCUUCAGCUGCCCAGGCGUGCAGGACUCUGCCGCCCUCACCAUCCAAGAGAGCCCGGUGCACAUCCUGAGCCCCCAGGACAAGGUGUCCUUGAACUUCACGACCUCAGAGCAGGUGGUGUUGACAUGUGAGCUCUCUCGGGUGGACUUCCCGGCGAGCUGGUACAAGGAUGGACAGAAGGUGGAGGAGAGCGAGUCGCUGGUGGUGAAGACAGAUGGGCGGAAACACCGCCUGAUCCUGCCUGCAGCUGAAGUCCGGGACAGCGGCGAGUUUGAGUGCAGAACUGAAGGGGUGUCGGCCUUCUUCAGCGUCACUGUCCAAGACCCCCCAGUGCACAUCCUGGACCCCCAGGAGCAUGUGUUUGUACAUGCCAUAACGUCUGAGUGCGUCAUGCUGACCUGUGAGCUAGACCGAGAGGACGCCCCUGUACACUGGUACAAGGAUGGGCAGGAGGUGGAGGAGAGUGACUUCGUGCUGCUGGAGAACGAAGGACCCCAUCACCGCCUGGUGCUGCCUGCCGCCCAGCCCCCCGACGGGGGCGAGUUUCAGUGUGUCGCGGGAGACGAGCGUGCCUACUUCACCGUCACCAUCACAGAUGUCUCUUCGUGGAUUGUGUACCCCAGUGGCAAGGUGUACGUAGCAGCCGUGCGCCUGGAGCGCGUGGUGCUGACCUGUGAGCUGUGCCGGCCCUGGGCCGAGGUGCGCUGGACCAAGGAUGGUGAAGAAGUGGUGGAGAGUCCGGCGCUGCUCCUGCAGAAGGAGGACACCAUCCGCCGCCUGGUGCUGCCCGCGGUCCAGCUCGAGGACUCCGGCGAGUACUUGUGUGAAAUCGAUGACGAGUCAGCCUCCUUCACCGUCACUGUCACAGAGCCCCCGGUGCGCAUCAUAUACCCCCGGGAUGAGGUGACCUUGAUCGCGGUGAGCUUGGAAUGUAUAGUGCUGAUGUGUGAGCUGUCGAGGGAGGAUGCCCCAGUUCGCUGGUACAAGGAUGGGCUGGAGGUGGAGGAGAGCGAGGCCCUGGUGCUGCAGAGUGACGGGCCCCGCCGCCGCUUGGUGCUGCCUGCUGCCCAGCCCGAGGAUGGGGGCGAGUUCGUGUGCGAUGCUGGAGAUGACUCAGCCUUCUUCACUGUCACCGUCACAGCCCCACCAGAGAGAAUUGUGCGUCCUGCAGCCCGCUCCCUGGACCUGCAGUUUGGGGCUCCAGGGCGCGUGGAGCUGCGCUGUGAGGUGGCCCCUGCUGGGUCCCAGGUGCGCUGGUACAAGGAUGGACUGGAGGUGGAAGCAUCAGACACCCUGCUGCUGGGUGCUGAGGGGCCCUCUCGCACCCUGACGCUGCCCCAUGCCCAGCCCGAGGAUGCUGGGGAGUAUGUGUGUGAGACCCACGAUGAAGCUGUCACCUUUAAUGUCUGCCUGGCUGAGCCCCCUGUCCAGUUCCUUGCCCCAGAGGCAGCCCCUGGCCCGCUCUGUGUGGCCCCCGGGGAGCCGAUGGUGCUGAGCUGUGAACUGUCCCGGGCUAGUGCCCUUGUCUUCUGGAGCCACAACGGGAGGCCAGUGCAGGAGGGUGAGGGCUUGGAGCUCCGUGCCGAGGGCCCCCGCCGCAUCCUCUGCAUCCAGGCUGCAGAGCCAGCCCACACAGGCCUCUACACCUGCCAGGCGGGGGUGGCCCCAGGAGCCCCCAGCCUCAGCUUCACUGUCCAAGUGGCUGAACCACCGCUGGUGAAACUGGUCUCGGAGCUGACACCACUAACUGUCCAUGAAGAUGAUGAUGCCACAUUCCGGUGCGAAGUCUCCCCUUCAGAUGCCGAAGUCACCUGGCUGCGCAAUGGGGCUAUUGUCACUCCAGGGCCCCACCUAGAGAUAGCCCAGAAUGGGUCAAGCCGCACACUGACCGUGCGAGGGUGCCAGCUGGAAGAUGCAGGAACCGUGACUGCCCAAGCAGGAGGCACAGCCUCAAGUGCCCGACUCCACGUUCGAGAAACGGAGUUGCUGUUCCUUCGGAGGCUGCAGGAUGUGCGGGUAGAAGAAGGCCAGGAUGUGUGCCUUGAAGUGGAGACAGGCCGAGUGGGUGCAGCAGGGGCCGUGCGCUGGGUGCGAGGUGGGGAGCCCCUACCCCAUGACUCUCGCCUGUCUGUGGCCCAGGAUGGCCAUGUCUACCGCCUCUUCAUCCAUGACGUCGUACUGGCUGACCAGGGCACCUACGGCUGUGAGAGCCACCACGAUCGAACCCUGGCUAGGCUCUGCGUAAGGCCGAGGCAACUAAGGGUGCUGCGGUCUCUGGAGGAUGUGACCAUCAUGGAGGGGGGCAGCGCCACCUUCCAGCUGGAGCUGUCCCAGGAGGGUGUGACUGGGGAAUGGGCCCGGGGUGGAGUCCGGCUGCAUCCGGGACCUCAGUGCCACAUUCACGCAGAGGGCCCCACUCACCACCUGGUACUCAGUGGCUUGGGGCUGGCCGACUCGGGCUGCAUCUCCUUCACUGCGGACUCCCUGCGCUGUGCAGCCAGACUCACCGUGAGAGAGGCCCCAGUGACCGUCGUGCAGGGGCCACAAGACCUAGAGGUGACUGAGGGCGACACAGCUACGUUCGAGUGCGAGCUUUCCCAAGCCUUGGCUGAUGUUACCUGGGAGAAGGACGGGAGCCCGCUCAUCCCCAGCCCUCGGCUCAGGCUCCAGGCCCUCGGCACACGGCGCCUUCUCCAGCUGCGGCGCUGCGGCCCCUUGGACGCCGGGACCUACAGCUGCGCGGUGGGGACGGUUCGCGCCGGGCCCGUCCGCUUGACCGUGCACGAGCGCGUGGUGUCAGUGCUCUCAGAGCUCCAGUCUGUGCGCGCCCGCGAAGGCGACGGUGCCACGUUCGAGUGCACCGUGUCGGAGGUCGAAAGCACCGGGAGCUGGAAGCUCGGAGGCCGCCCACUGAAACCCGGAGGCCGCGUCCGCAUCCGACAGGAAGGGAAGAAACAUAUUCUGGUGCUGAGCGAGCUGCGCACGGAGGACGCCGGUGAGGUCCGCUUCCAGGCGGGACCAGCCCAGUCCGUGGCUCAGCUGGAGGUGGAGGCACUGCCUCUCCAGAUGUGCCGCCGCCCUCCUCGCGAGAAGACAGUUCUGGUCGGCCGCCGAGCGGUGCUAGAGGUGACUGUGUCCCGCUCCGGAGGCCAAGUGUGCUGGUUGCGGGAGGGGGUCGAGCUGUGCCCAGGAGACAAGUACGAGCUGCGCAGCCAUGGCCCCACCCACAGCCUGGUCAUCCAUGACGUGCGGCUUGAGGACCAGGGCACCUAUUGCUGCCAGGCCGGUGAGGACAGCGCCUACACGCGGCUGCUGGUAGAGGGUGAGUGACGCUGGACUGGGCAGAGGGCAGAGGGUCAGGAGGGCUGGCCAGGCAGGAGUCGCCUAGGAGCUGGUGGGCUGAGACACACCUACUGAAGGUUUUCCAGGAUUGGGGAUGGCAAGUGGUUCUGGGAUGUGUUGAAGGUAGGGAGUGGGGGAGCGGGAGAUCUCACCCCGGCUGAGGAAAGGAGGGAGGUGUAUUCUCAACAAGAACCACUUGGUUCAGGGCAGCGGUUCGCACCUUUCUACACCCCUUCCUGUCCCAGCUUCUCCUCGCUCCCUCCUGCCUUUGGACCAUGUUUGUCUCUCCUGAACACUCCAUUUGUACCCGAGUUCCUCCUUCCCAACUGCUGGCUCCUGGUCUGUGGCCCCCACCUACCCCUUACCUACCCCCUGCUCUCUGCCCUGCUGGCUUCUGCCCAUCUCAGUGAGUUCAGUAUUCGCCUGGGCAGAGGGCUCCUGAGCUAGUCACAUUUCUUCCUCUUCCACAGAGGAGAUGCCCCACCCUCCAUCCAAAUUCCCGCAUUCCCUUAAAAUGUCUUGCGCCACAGCUAACUGACCCCCACUUUCCUGCCCCCACAGAUAGCCCUGACAGAGGCCCAAAAAGGGUGGGGCAGAGGGUGAGGGCCUUGCUCUUCCUCUGCGGGUGCCCAGGCUCUGUCAGGGGAGGAAGGUGGUACCCACUCUCUCCCCAGCCCCACGUGGAGUCAUUCCUCUGCAGGUAGCUAGAAGGACCGAACCAAGCCAGGCGGGUGCCCUCGGACAGCUUGGAAGGCGCAUGCCCUUAUCCCGGGCAGGGGUGGGAGGCAGGGGAACCAGAGGUGUUGGGAGACAAUAAAAGUGGUGCAGCCCCUU